AUGGUUAAACAUACGGUUAUUGCCCGCAUUUCCGAUGGUCUCCCGUUGGCUGCCUCAGUUGAUGACGAUCAGAACGGAGAGACAGAACUUGUGGAUAUUAAAAACAAGACAAAACUUCUCUUCAAAAAAAUGAACGAAAAUUCCGAAGAACGAUGUUCCAUUGAGUCCGGAAAUUAUUACUUUCAUUACCUGAUCCAGAAUGGCGUUUGCUACAUGACAAUCUGCGAACGGUCGUACCCUCGCCAGUUCGCGUUCAGCUACCUCGAAGAGCUUGCAAAGGAAUUUUCGAUGAGUUACGGGAACGAGGUUGAAAAGACGAAUUUGAGACCAUAUGCAUUUGUCAAAUUUGAUACCUUCAUGCAAAAGACCAAAAAGUUGUAUCAGAAUACGCGAACACAAACUAAUCUCGAUCGAUUAAAUACCGAGUUGAAUGAGGUAGCCAAUAUCAUGACCAAAAAUCUGGAGAAUGUUUUGUGGCGUGGCGAAGGGUUGGAAAAAAUGAGUUCUCUAUCCGAUCAACUUCGCUACGAAUCGCAGAAAUAUAAAAAGUCCGCGCGAGACCUCAAUUGGCAACUUUUUUAUCGCAAAUAUGGACCCAUAAUAGUUGUGGUCGCGGUUUUCAUGUUUGUAAUCUACUGGCGAUUCUUUUGGUAUUAG